AAACAAUAGCCAUUUGGACAACGUCAUGUGAAUAAUCCAAUCCAAAUUGCAAAUCUCUCUCUGGCUCUCUGCUCAUUCAAAAAAAAAUAAAAAAAAAUAAAUAAAUAAUUGCAAACCUCUCUGUCACUCCAUUAAUUCACAGAAACAUCUACCCGUAUUGAAAUCUUCUCUCUCUCAUUCAGUUAUGAGAUGUAAAAUAAAGAUUGCCCAUAACGCAUAGAAACAAGAAACGCAAUCUUCUACUUCUGGUUUUUAACUUCUGUGGGGGAUCCCACAAUCUGGCACCAUUUCCUCCAUUCACAAACUCUCUAGUUUCUACACCGAUUAUUUUAUCAUCCACUUCAAAUCUCAACCCUCCAAUCAAAACCCAGAAAAAUACCCCGCCGGAAAAUGGAGAUUUUCCGGCGACCCAAAAAUUAAUUAUUAUUAUUAACUGAGAAAUAACUAGACCCCGAUCUGAUUUAUCAAGGGCAAAAAAAAAUGCAGAAUCUUCGCCGGAGAAAGCCCAAUGAGCCCGACAGGCCCGAACACGACCCGAAGCCGGAGGAGGCCCAAGAAGAAGGGAAGAACAAAGGAGAAGGAAGCAAAAAGACGGACAAGGUGAAUAAGUGGUCAUGUAUAAAUAAUUGUUGUUGGUUGAUAGGAUUGAUAUGUUCAAUAUGGUGGUUGUUACUAUUUUUGUACAAAGCAAUGCCAUCUUCUCUACCUCAGUAUGUAACCGAGGCUAUAACCGGGCCAUUACCCGACCCACCGGGCGAAAAGCUGAGGAAGGAAGGGUUGAAGGCUGUGCACCCGGUGAUUUUUGUGCCGGGAAUUGUGACUGCUGGACUUGAGCUGUGGGAAGGAAAGCCUUGUGCUGAUGGUUUGUUUAGGAAGAGGCUUUGGGGUGGCACAUUUGGUGAAGUUUAUAAAAGACCUUUGUGCUGGGUUGAGCAUAUGUCACUAAACAAUGAAACUGGACUCGACCCUGUUGAUAUAAGGGUUAGAUCUGUCCCUGGACUUGUUGCUGCUGAUUAUUUUGCUCCUGGGUAUUUCGUAUGGGCUGUUUUGAUUGCCAAUUUAGCAUGUAUAGGUUACGAGGAGAAAAAUAUGCAUAUGGCUUCAUAUGAUUGGAGAUUAUCUUUCCAAAAUACCGAGGCGAGAGAUCGUACUCUUAGCCGGAUGAAAAGUACCAUAGAGCUUAUGGUGGCAUCAAAUGGUGGUAAGAAGGCUGUGAUUGUUCCACAUUCGAUGGGAGUUUUGUACUUCCUUCAUUUUAUGAAGUGGGUUGAGGCUCCUGCUCCAAUGGGAGGAGGUGGUGGUCCAAAUUGGUGUGCCGAGCACAUAAAAGCGGUGAUGAACAUUGGAGGACCAUUUCUCGGUGUUCCAAAAGCCGUUCCUGGACUUUUAUCAGCCGAAGCCAGGGACAUUGCUGUUGCAAGGGCAAUUGCACCGGGUGUUUUGGAUAAUGAUAUCUUCCAUCUCCAAACAUUGCAACAUGUGAUGAGGAUGACCCGUACAUGGGAUGCAACAAUGUCAAUGAUACCAAAAGGUGGAAACGCUAUUUGGGGUGAUCUUAACUGGUCACCUGAAGAAGGCUAUAGUGCUAGCAAGAAAAAGAAAGACGAAAACCUAAAAGAAAACGACGAUGUUGGACAAGAGAAUCCUAAAAGAAAUAAGGCUCACUAUGGAAGGAUGAUAUCAUUUGGUAAAGAUGUAGCUGAGGCAUCUCAAUCUGACAUCGAUAGGAUUGAUUUCAGGGGUGCUGUGAAGGGUAGUAAUGUUGCAAAUACUUCAUGUCGCGAUGUUUGGACAGAGUAUCAUGACAUGGGUGUUGGUGGAGUAAAAGCUGUUGCAGACUACAAAGCAUAUACAGCUGAUGAUGUUCUAGACUUACUUCAUUUUGUUGCUCCGAAGAUGAUGGCACGGGGUGAUGCGCAGUUUUCAUAUGGCAUUGCUAAUGAUCCAGAUGACCCAAAAUAUCAGCAUUACAGAUAUUGGUCUAACCCCUUAGAAACCAAAUUGCCAGAUGCACCUGAAAUGGAAAUCUUUUCUCUCUACGGCGUUGGCAUCCCAACAGAAAGAGCAUACGUAUAUAAAGUAACACCUUAUGCAGAUUGUAGUAUUCCAUUUCAAAUAAAUAUCUCAGCAAACGUGGGAGAAGAAGGCAGUUGUUUGAGAGACGGGGUGUUCCUAGUUGACGGAGAUGAGACAGUACCAGUUUUGAGUUCAGGUUACAUGUGUGCUAAAGGUUGGCGUGGAAAAACAAAGUAUAAUCCAUCAGGAAUUACAACCUACGUACGAGAAUACGAUCAUGCUCCUCCGGCUAACUUCUUGGAAGGGCGCGGGACUCAAAGUGGGGCCCACGUUGAUAUUAUGGGGAACUUUGCGUUGAUUGAAGAUGUAAUGAGGGUAGCUGCUGGACAUACUGGUAAAGACUUGGGGGGUGAUCGUGUUUGUUCAGAUAUCUUCAAGUGGGCAGACAAGAUUAACUUGAAGUUAUAACAAGUAAAUUUAGUGAUGGAGUAUUAAUCACUUGAUAAGUUGAUUUUCAGAAAGGGCUGCUUAAACCUGUUCAUAAUCUGAUGUUGGUGCCUUUCUUUUGAUUUGGCCAAAUUGGUGGAUAAAUAUAACUUAUUAUUAUGUCCAGUGAAGUGUAAAAACUCUGCAUUCUUUGUAAAGUUCUUUCACCAGGAAUUUGCUUGAUUUGCAAGCAUUUUACUAUUUGUA